AUGGCCUCCUACGUAAUCGCUGCUUUAGCGGUGUUGGUUUCUCUAAGUUUGCCGUCAGAGACUACAGCGACCUACUCUUAUUCAUCUCCACCACCACCGACUCCUCAUUACUACUACAAAUCACCACCUCCACCACCUAAGCACCCCCAUCCUCAUCCCUACAAGUACAAGUCCCCACCACCUCCAGUUUACUCGCCUCCUCCACCUCACCCAGUCUACAAAUACAAAUCGCCACCUCCACCACCACCUCACCCAGUCUACAAGUACAAAUCCCCACCGCCUCCUCCUCCGGUCUAUUCACCACCUCCACCUCACCCAGUUUACAAGUACAAGUCGCCACCACCACCACCACCUCACCCAGUGUACAAGUAUAAAUCCCCACCACCUCCUCCUCCUGUCUACUCACCACCACCACCUCACCCAGUUUACAAGUACAAAUCCCCACCACCUCCACCUCACCCAUACAAGUCUCCACCACCUCCUCCUCCCGUCUACUCGCCACCACAUGUCUACUAUUAUGCUUCCCCUCCUCCUCCACACCACUACUAA